GCAAGGUGGUUCUGGGAAGCAUAUUUUCGAUCCAUGAAGGCAAUUGCUCUUGCUACUCUUCAGAUUAUCAAUGACAGAAUUUACCCAUAUGCUGCCAUUUCUUAUGAAGAAUGGAAUGAUCCCCCAGCUGUGAAAUGGAGCAGUGUGAGCAACCCACUCUUCCUCCCACUCAUCCCACCGCAGUCCCAAGGCUUCACGGCCAUCGUUCUGACCUAUGACCGGGUGGAGAGCCUUUUCAGAGUCAUCACAGAGGUGUCCAAAGUGCCUAGUCUAUCCAAGUUGUUAGUUGUCUGGAACAAUCAGAAUAAGAAUCCGCCAGAAGAUUCCCUCUGGCCAAAGAUUCGUGUUCCCCUGAAAGUUGUCAGGACUGCAGAAAACAAACUUAGUAACCGCUUCUUCCCCUACGAUGAGAUUGAAACAGAAGCGGUGUUGGCUAUUGACGAUGAUAUCAUCAUGCUGACUUCGGAUGAACUCCAGUUUGGCUAUGAGGUUUGGCGUGAGUUCCCCGACAGGUUGGUUGGCUAUCCAGGCCGCCUGCAUCUUUGGGACCAUGAGAUGAACAAAUGGAAAUAUGAAUCAGAAUGGACUAAUGAAGUCUCCAUGGUGCUCACUGGGGCAGCGUUUUAUCACAAGUAUUUCAACUAUCUUUACACAUACAAAAUGCCUGGAGACAUCAAGAACUGGGUGGAUGCUCAUAUGAACUGUGAAGAUAUUGCCAUGAAUUUUCUAGUGGCAAAUGUCACUGGCAAAUCAGUCAUUAAGGUGACCCCACGAAAGAAGUUCAAAUGUCCAGAAUGCACGGCAAUUGAUGGGUUAUCACUGGACCAGACACACAUGGUGGAAAGGUCUGAAUGCAUCAAUAAGUUUGCCUCUGUCUUUGGGACCAUGCCUCUGAAAGUGGUGGAGCACCGUGCUGACCCUGUCCUGUACAAAGAUGACUUUCCUGAGAAACUGAAGAGCUUUCCUAAUAUCGGCAGCUUGUAAAGGCAGCUGUCAGACAAAGCUGAGGGAUGAAAGUGAUAGCCAAAAAGGUGCUACAAGGAAUAUAAGGCCCUGAAGAAACAAUUGCUAGAGAGCGGGUUCCAUCUGAGGGAGAAGGGAAUGAGUGUUGUGUUCGGGUAUGUAUCUUCCCUUUACGUUGAACAAAGAUGUGAUGGAAAGCUGAACAACUGCUUCUGUUUUGCUCACGGAAGAUUGAAUCUAUUCAUGGGUCCUCCCAGAAAUGUCAAACACACAGCUUUCUCCAACGGAGCCUGUGCACCUGGAGGAAUAAAACGGAUCUCACUCUC